AGAAUACUCGACUCGAUGCCAGAAAAAAUUAAAAAGGUUCUUUCAUGAAGUUGCGUCACCCACAUGUUCUGUCUGAAGUGAAUUAAAACCAGAAAUAAAUUGAAUAGUUGCUAAUAAAUUACUAAAAAUGUUGUGCGCUACGCGGGUGGUUGGCCGAAAGGCUUUGGAGUGUUCUGGUAUUGGUACGGACUUCUACACACAGAGAAAUUUCAGCACAAUCCUGAAAAGUACCGCAGCCCCUACAGUGCCUAUUUAUCAGCGACAUGUACAGUACAGAAACAAAUCCGAUGGCGUCCGCGGCGCCGUCAUCGGCAUCGAUUUGGGUACCACCAACUCCUGUGUGGCGGUCAUGGAAGGCAAGACCCCCAAGGUGGUCGAAAACAGCGAAGGCUCCCGCACCACCCCCUCCCACGUCGCCUUCACCAAAGAGGGCGAGCGUCUGGUCGGCAUGCCCGCCAAGCGCCAGGCCGUCACCAACAGCGGCAACACCUUCUACGCUACCAAACGUCUUAUUGGGAGACGCUUUGAUGACCCGGAGGUUCAGAAGGAUAUGAAGAAUCUUUCUUACAAGGUUGUGAAGGCGUCUAAUGGAGAUGCGUGGGUCCAAGGAACCGACGGCAAAGUGUACUCCCCGAGCCAGAUCGGCGCGUUCGUGCUGGUGAAGAUGAAGGAGACCGCGGAGGCGUACCUCAACACGGGCGUGAAGAACGCCGUCAUCACCGUGCCCGCCUACUUCAACGACUCGCAGCGACAGGCCACCAAGGACGCCGGCCAGAUCUCCGGCCUCAACGUGCUGCGAGUCAUCAACGAGCCCACGGCCGCCGCGCUGGCCUACGGCAUGGACAAGACGGACGACAAAAUUAUCGCCGUAUACGACUUGGGCGGCGGCACCUUCGAUAUCUCCGUGCUGGAGAUCCAGAAGGGGGUGUUCGAGGUGAAGUCCACCAACGGAGACACGCUCCUCGGUGGCGAGGACUUUGACAACGUCAUUGUCAACUUCCUAGUCGACGAGUUCAAACGUGACCAAGGGAUCAACCUCCGCAAGGACGCCAUGGCCAUGCAGCGGCUAAAGGAAGCGGCCGAGAAAGCCAAGAUCGAGCUGUCGGGAUCGCUGCAGACCGACAUCAACCUGCCGUACCUCACCAUGGACGCGUCUGGCCCCAAGCACAUGAACCUCAAGAUGACCCGCUCAAAGUUGGAAUCUCUAGUCGGAGACUUGAUCAAGCGAACGAUCGCGCCGUGCCAGAAGGCGCUGCAAGAUGCUGAGGUCCAGCGAUCUGAUAUUGGAGAGGUGCUUCUCGUCGGAGGCAUGACCAGAAUGCCAAAGGUCCAAUCAACAGUCCAAGAGAUCUUCGGGCGCGCGCCGUCGCGCGCCGUGAACCCCGACGAGGCGGUGGCCGUGGGCGCCGCCGUGCAGGGCGGCGUGCUGGCCGGCGACGUCACCGACAUCCUGCUGCUCGACGUCACCCCGCUGUCGCUCGGCAUCGAGACGCUCGGCGGCGUCUUCACCAAGCUCAUCACUAGGAAUACCACUAUCCCCACUAAGAAGAGUCAAGUCUUCUCCACUGCGGCCGACGGCCAAACCCAAGUGGAAAUCAAAGUCCACCAGGGCGAGCGCGAGAUGGCGGCGGACAACAAGCUGCUCGGGCAGUUCUCGCUGGUGGGCAUCCCGCCCGCGCCGCGCGGCGUGCCGCAGGUGGAGGUCACGUUCGACAUCGACGCCAACGGCAUCGUGCACGUGUCCGCGCGGGACAAGGGCACCGGCAAGGAGCAGCAGAUUGUAAUCCAGUCAUCCGGCGGUCUAUCGAAAGACGAGAUCGAGAACAUGGUGAAGGCGGCCGAGCAGUUCGCCGCGGCCGACAAGGGCCGGCGCGAGCGCGUCGAGGCCGCCAACCAGGCCGAGGGCGUGCUACACGACACCGAGACCAAGAUGGACGAGUACAAGAGCCAGCUACCGCAGGACGAGUGUGACAAGCUCCGUGAAGAGAUCGCCAAGCUGCGUGAGCUGCUAGCCAACAAAGACAACGCCGACCCUGAAGCCAUCCGCACCGCCACCGGCACCCUGCAGCAGGCUAGCCUCAAGCUCUUCGAGCAGGCCUACAAGAAGAUGGCGGCAGAACGCGAGGGCCAGCAGCCCGCGGGAGAGAGCCAGCAGCAGCAGGAAGAGAAACAAGAGGAGAAGAAAAACUAGAUAUGUCAGUUGACCCUCUGCCACCGUACACUUAUGAAUAUCAUAUCGCGUGUGUUUUUUUCGGCGACGUCCGCAGAGAGCAAGCCACUGUCUGUGGGUACAUAGCCUAUAAACAUAAGUUUAUAGUGACACUUUUACAAUUUGUUCUGUCAAGAUCGAUACAGAGUUAACUUAGACAAACUCUAGUUAAAUCUUAAAUAAAUUUUCAUAAAAGUUGGCAAGCUCUUAGUUUGAUGGCAGAAGUGUUUUAAAUAUUACAUAUAAGCUCAUAGUAGUUUGUGGCAUUUUCAGACAAAAGUUCCCACUUUGUUAGUUGUGGAUAAGGUACUGGCGUAAAUAUAUAUUCCGAAAUUAACGUUAUUUACAAUUCAUAAACUGGAACCUUUUUCUGGCUCCAUCAAAUUUUAUUCAUUACCUAUAAGGAAUUAUAGUAACUGAAUUUUUUGUUCACCCGUCAUUAGAAACAAAUUUUGUUAGGUUUAUAAUGUUAUGAUUUCACUCGAAAUGUAGUUCCAAAUAUUUAAUACUCUCUUUAGAAAAACUGAAUUUGUAACUAUACUGUUUCUGUUAUUUAUUUAAAUAUAUAAUAUAUGUCAUCUACUUAGUACUCAACUAUGCAUAGUAAAAUCCUUGCUUGAUUUUAGACUAGGUAGGUAGAUCACAUAAAACGUUUUUUUUUUUUCAAGUUUUUAUAAUCAAUAUUUUGCUUGCAGACGUGUGUCACCAGUAUAAGUCGAAUGCGGCCCUCGGGCGCUUUCGUUGAAGAGUUAUGGAGCAUAUUGGAAUUCCGCCUCCUACUGUAUUCUAUAUAAUAAAAUAUAUCCAAAUAGUAUCUAGUUUUUCUUUGGAGAGUAUUUUAGAUUCGAAAAUGCAUAAUUUCCAAGCCAUAAACAGAUUAAUUAAAUAAGCAGAUACGCCACUCUUGACGAAAAUUUCCAUUGCACACAUUUAAUUAUUGUCCUUAAUUUUACCUUGGAAAAUUUCAUGGAUUUCUGUUACUAGUACUUUGGAAAAAAUCUACAACAGUGGCAUAUCUAUAGUAAUCUGUUACGGCUUGAUCCUAUGCAUUUUUUGUUCACUAGUGAGAAAUUGUUAUUUAGUGCGAGGACUGGUAUUGCCUAGUGUUACGAAUGUAAUAUAUUUUUUAAUUGGUGUGUAUGGAUGAUUUCUGUUGAACGGUUUUUCUACAUAUGUCUCGUUGGGAAGGGGUUUCGGUUCCGCAUUUCUGAUGAGUGAUGUGAUAUGCUUAUAUAUGAUCGGAUGACGCAGUGACAAUGCACAUAUAUCGUACAGGAACGCCUUACUGACGUAGCGCAUGGCAUGAAAACUUAGCGUGGUAGUAGACAUUAAAAAUUAGAUCCGGUGAAAUUGACUUUUUUUUUUCAGAGUAAUACAGAAGGUGUUGCCAUUAGCAUUUGAUAUUUGGCGGUUCUAAAAAUUUGGAAUGAAAACUAGUUAUUUGUAUGUAUAAGAUGAAUCAAUGAAUAUUAAAAUGUAUAUCACCUCAUUCAUUUGAUUUGCAGAGCGUAACUUGAUGGCAUUUAUUUGUUUUUUUUUUUUAUUAUUAUUACGGAAGCCGAGAGAUGUGUCGAAAAACUGUAUUUUUGUUUUUUUUUUUUUUACAUUCACAAAUAAAGGCAUGUGAUUCUUUACAUAUAUUUCAACCAAUUAGUUUCAUAGCUUUAAAAAGAAAUAUAUGUUCUGAAAAUGCAUGCUCGGCGUUCAGAAUGUGUACCACAAUUAUUUUAAAUUGUUUGUAUGGACAAAGAGAGCGGUGUUGCCGCUAAAUAGUGUGUAUGUGCGUUGAAUUAGAAUAGUAAAAUAUAUUAUUUCGUGAAA